AUGCAAGCCUAUACCGCUCCUCUGGAGGACAGGAUUCCGCCACCUACCGAAAAUGAAAGGCAACUUCAAAGACUGAUCGCUGAAGUCUUGCAACUACCUCUGGGGAGGGUCGGAAUGCAGGACAACUUCUUCCAGCUGGGAGGAGACUCUAUCCUAGCGAUGACCCUUGUGGUGAUAACAAGAAAGGCAGGCUAUUACAUCACAAUGGCUGAUAUAUUUAAUCACUCACAGCUCCAUGACCUGGCAGCGACAGCAGCAAGUACCUCUGAAAAUGACCCGGAGGAUCCAGGGGUUCUCCCGUAUUCUCUCCUGAAUGGGGUAGACAGUACCGAUUCUCUGAUCAAGCAAACUUCUGAGGCGUGCAAUGUACACGAAACUAGCAUCGAAGACAUCUACCCAUGCACUGCAUUACAGGAAGGGCUAAUGGCGUUGUCGACGAAGCUGUCCGGUCAGUAUAUUGAGCAGAUUCGAUAUGAGUUGCACUCCAAUAUCGACCUCGGUCGGUUCAUAUCCGCAUGGGAUGCGACUGCUAGAGCAAAUCCCAUCCUCCGCAUCAGAAUCGUGCAGAUACAAAACAAUACAAUGUAUCAGAUCGUGGUGCGAGACAUACCUCUAUGGCACCAUUUUGACGAUGUCAACAUGUUCAAAGUCCAUGUUGCAACUGCCAACAAUAUGGGGCUGGGAGAUGCAUUGGUUGAUCUCUCCAUUAUCAAGUCAUCAGAAGAUUCGCAAAGUUAUCAAUUUUUCCUACAUCAUGCUGUGUACGACGGUUGGUCCCUCCAGCUUCUCUGGAAGCAUGUCCAAGUCGCUUACGACCAAAAACCCGUGUCCUCGACUCCCUUCAGUCGCUACAUUCGACAUACUAUGGACAACGCAGUGGGGGCCGAGGAGUUCUGGGCAUCUCAGUUUGCAAAUAUACACGCUCCAGUCUUCCCUAGCCUCCCCUCCACACGAUAUGUGCCCACCCCAACUUCGGUAUUCGAACGCGAAAUCUCCACCCGCUUUCAACCACACAGCAGCGAACACACCCUAUCAGCCAUGAUUCAGCUCGCUUGGUCGAUCAUCCUAUCAUCUUACACUGACUCUGAUGACGUGCUGUUUGGUCUGACUGUACAUGGGCGCAAUGCAGCUGUUCCGGGAAUUGACAACACGACAGGCACAACCAUCGCGACAGUUCCAUUCCGGGUGCAGCUCAGCUCACAAAGCACUGUCCAAGAUUCUGUCUUGGAACUGCGCAGGCACAUGACGGCAAUGAUACCUUUCGAACAUUUCGGCCUUCAGAGAAUCGGCGCAUUGGGUUCAGACGCCGCAGCGGCCUGCAACUUCCAAUGCCAUAUCGGUAUCCAGCCUCCAUCAUCCGGGUCUAUUAUAAGUCCAAGGCUAGUAAAAAGCGGAAUAAGCUGCCAUGACAGCUACUCUGCAUUUGCCAAUUAUUCUCUAGUCCUCGUAUUCCACCUGAACGACAAAGACAAGGGAAACGUCGUGGUGAAUGUCAUCCACGACGCCAAGGUCAUUUCUUCGGCGGCGACAAAACGAAUGAUCUAUCAAUUUGAACACAUCCUAAAUCAGGCCAUUGGGAGCCCAGAAACCACUCUGGACAGACUCGAUAUAGUAUCUCCGCAAGAUAUGAUGCAGUUAUCCGAAUGGCACCAAGCUCUCCCUCAGGCACAUGAAGAUUCUGGCCUCUAUGAGCUCGUCCUAUCGCAUGCGGUACAACACCCCCACGCAUCUGCGAUCUAUGCUUGGGAUGGAGUAGUCAGCUAUCUGGAGCUUGAUGACCUAUCCUUGCGACUAGCAAAAAGGUUGCAGGGGCUGGGAGUUCGGCGGGGCUCCAUGAUACCCUUGUGUCUAGACCGGUCCAAGUGGGUAAUCAUCUGCAUGAUUGCUGUCCUCCGCGCGGGUGGUGCUUGUGUCAUGCUAGAUCCAAGUCACCCUACGGAACGAACGGAAGACAUCCUACGACGCACGGAAGCGGAGCUCGUGCUCACGUCUUCUGUUCAUCAAGACCGGUUUGCCAACAUCAGGUGA